AUGUCUCCAACCUCGUUUCAUGGGAUGCCGCCAGUGACCACAUUGAGGACAUGGACCACAGAUUCAAUCAGGUCUGAGUCAGCUUGGCCUUAUGUCAGGCACCUCAUUAAAUCUUAUUCAAAUCGGCCGUAUAACAGGGGCCACGUUGUACAGGCCUCCAUCAGUUACAUGCCGAACAUCAUAUCAAGUGUCGAUGAGACUGAUUCUCCAGCACCAGCUCCCUCUCUACCUUCGCUCCCAUCCCUCCCUCCAAACGAAGCUAGGCCGACGGCCAACGACCCAACGACACAGCAAGACUGGGGGCAGUGCCACGCGCUCCAUCCCCUACGCAUCAAGAAGCAAGUUCCCCAGACGGCCGGCCACCGUGCAGCAGAUGCUCACGGCGGCUCCAUGGAGACAUGUCAGGGCCGGCCGUGUUACCAGAUGUGUCUCGUCUUCAGUGUUCUGUUUGUACCGCCGCCUUCCAGGCAAUGCGCCACUCCGCACUCGAGCUCAGAUCACAAAGAGAGAGACUGCAUCGGGCAUGAGCGCUCGGUGUAA